AUGGAACGAAUGCGCAGCCUGGCGCAGGAGGCUCUCUCUUGGCCCUUCCUCGACGAACGGCAGCGGCUGGUUUGGGCAGCGGUUCUGGAGUUCGACGCCAAUCUGCCGCCUUGGUUCUACGCACGACAGAAUAUCACCCGCCGGCACCUAGGUGUGGAUCUCUUCAGCCUGGACGGAAAGCGGGCGGUCCUAUGUCGGGCAGGGAAUGCCACCCAUAAGGAUGUCAGGAGGUUUCUGCGAACAGCUAAAUGUGUCAACGAGGCGGGCAAGACUCCAAAAAACGAUCGGUGCUUUUUAAGACUGUGA